AUGACACCUCCUUCACUUGCACCUGGUGCUCUCCCCUUUGGAACAGCCCGACAGUCUCAACCAAGGCCGACCAGGCCAAUUAAUGCGAAUGAAAACUCAAAGGAAAACCUCCCGAGUCUUGAGGAAACCGUGACCCAGCUUGGACUGGGAAAAGACUGUGCCAAGGCCGCCAGAAGACGCUUCGCCAUCAUCCGCAGCGAAUCCAUCAAAUAUUACCUCAAGAAGCAUCAACUCUCAGAAAAAAACCUCGAAGACUGGUCAAAUCAAGAAUGCAGAAGUAUCCUCCGUGAAAUAGCCCUGUACUUUCUUCACGACAAGAGUGGAGCUACUUUCUGGACAACACCGUAUCGCCUACCUACGUUGCGAUACGUCUUUUCCAAACACAAACCCAACGAGAACGAAAAGAUUCUAGAACUCCUCAUAAAAUAUCUUUAUCUCUUCAUCAACAGCAACAGGAGAAAAGCUCAGAAGCCCAGAAUGAGAAGGAAGUUUCUGCAAGGAAAGGGAGGCUGCGCCGAUAGCGCCAUUGACAUCGACUAUCUUUCAGAUGACGCUGUGCUUCCUACUUUCCAAGAGUCCUCCACUGACCGUGUUCCCAAGAGGGAACCCGUUUCAGAUAGUUCUGGAAUUGAUCAAGACAUAAUGCCUCUGCAGCAAACUUUGGUUCACAGACCAAGCAAGAAGCGCUCAGCUGAAGCAGAACUACCCCAAGCUCAAAACCGAGCAAAGAGCAUUCGUCUACAUGCUCGAGACUCAGGUGUUGGACUACCCAGUGAUGGAACAGAGGAGGAGGAGGAGGAAGACGAAGACCUUCAUCUAGAUGCUCGGGACUCUAACGUCGGAUCACUGAGCGACUGGACAGAAGAAAACGACGAUCUUCUAGAUGCCCGAGACUCUGGCGUCGGAUUAACUGGAACAGAAGUAGAAGGGCCCUUGUUUUUCAAAGACGACACGCCCAUCUACGACUCGAACCGGGAGUGGCUAUUUACCAUGCCCAAGAUGGAGCCCAUUCACGAGUCUUCAGGUGUCCAGGUUGAUGUGCCUGUUGCUCUAAACGCUGAGUCUACCAAGCCCGAAACUCCAGAAGAGGAUAUACCUGCAGACGUCAGGACUAUUAUCCAAAACAGCUCAUCUAAAGACUCCGCCACAGUCAAGCCCGUAUGUAAUUACGCACCAAGAGUCAAGCCGUUGCGAGAUAAAGUUGCCAAUUAUUCCUCCGGCCGUCAUAGUCGCUCAGUACCUCAGAAAGGAACUGACAAGACCUCGACACCGACAUUGGCACCGACCCUGGGCCCCCAAACGGAUGCAAAGCCCCAGAAAGAGCCUGAGACGGUUGCAGUACCUCGCCUCAUAUCGAGGCUCGAUACACCCAACUAUGUUCCCGAACAGACUUGCCUACCACCUCUCUCAGAGGAUAUUCCCCCCCCUUCAGAAACGAUCCCUGUAGAUCUUACGUUGGAUGGCCUACCUGAUGAUUCUCCAACCUUCUUCCACACCAAAGAUUCCUCCGCCACCAAAAACACCAACCCCUAUAUCCCUAAUGACAUAGAUGGCAAAUACGCCACAGCGCGAACAAUCCAGGACGAGGCAAAGGAGUCGCCUUUUAUUAAGACCUGCAAGGACACGUCAAACGAGAAUCCAUACCAUAGCCUCUUCAAGAUGGCCACACCCAAAAAGAAGCAUGUUCACUUCGACCCAGAGCUCGUAUCCAACGACAAGAAACCUUAUUUUGACUCGGAACAUGCCAAGAAAAUUCUUAACAGCCAUCUCCGCAACCACGCCAAGGCAACUUCCACACCCAUCAGGUUCUCCUUUUCGAUGCGCCACUCGGCUAGCCACGCCGACAUGUUCAAAUUUAGCCCUAUGACCUUCUUUACAAUGUCCCUGAGAGAGCUCGUCGCCGCACUGCCGAUGGAAGACAAGGACCAAAUCUCAGGGCUUUGCAUACGGCAGUACGGGCUAGUUGUCUGUCUGCGGCAGGUGUAUCUGUACAACGAGGAGGUGUUUGGGAACAUCCGUGACGAGUUUAUAAGCUACGUCGAAACUGAUAUCAGGAACGCCAAGUGCACCGGGGCGACGUUGGACUAUGAGAUCAGCAUCGAGCCUAUCAUGGAAGAUUAUUAA